CGAUAUAGAGAUUUUCAUUCAUUACUUUACAAUCUUUAGGAUCACAAACGAAACUUUGUCAACAUGGCGACCCCAAUGCAUCGGCUGAUUGCUAGAAGGCUAGCAGAGGCAAACAAGCAAAACGUUAAAUGUCAGAAGUGUCUAGAACUUGGGCACUGGAGCUACGAGUGCAAAGGGAAACGGAAGUACCUGUACCGGCCCUCUAGGACUGCAGAGAUGAAAAAGACUCUAAAGGAAAAUGAAAACAAACAAGUAAAUAUAACCCCUCAUGGGGGAGAAGUCACAGAUAAAAGAAAAAAGAAGAGGAGAAAAAAGGAUAAAGACCAGAGUAGCUCCACUGGUGUCAGCAGUGACUCGGACAGCUCCUCAAGUGACUCCUCCUCUGAUAGCAGCGAGUCGUCAAGCUCCUCUUCAUCGGAGGACAGCAGCAGUGACAGCGAGGGCAGCUCCAGCUCCUCGUCCUCCUCAAGCAGCAGCAGCAGUAGCAGCAGCUCUGAAUCUGAUUCCGAUUCCUCCAGCAGCAGUUCUGACCAGGGCCCGCCUGUAAAAAGAAAAAAGAAAACCUGAAGGACAUCAAGCCCAGAUUUCCUUUCCUUUUUACGCUGCCGUGUGUUUUUGUGGUGAUGUUCUUAGGUGAUGACCUGUACCCAGUCAGUUUUUUGGUAUGACUCGGUUGCAUCUUGUAAAUAUGUUGUAGACCUUCAUUCCUGAGACUGGUAAAGCCUAGCCUAUACAUUUUUUUUUUGUUCUUUUCAAUAAAAGAUGUAUGAUUUGUAUUCCCUCUGACUGUUUUGUAAUAUGAUUGAGCAUCCUGUUUAAAUACUGAUGAAGUAAUAAUUUGUUGAGAUGUUUUAUACAUUUGUCUUGCCAUUGAGUGAACUGUACUAAUGAAAGGGACAGCUUGCAUUUUUGUUGGCAAGAACACCUGGAUAUGUUUGUUGCAUUAUCCUGAAUACUAUACUGGGGUGAGAUCAGUCAGUGGGCUACACAGGGUACAUAUAGACUACAUAAUCUUAGGUAUUAUCAAUACUUUGUAUAUUUACUCUUCUGGUUAUGGUAAAAUAUAUCAAUAUGAGUUAAUGGUUGACAUGGAGAUCAGAGUUGGUGGCAUAUGGUCUACUUUAAUAUUUAAUACUUAAUAUUUCAGGAAUGGUCAAAUGUUUUUAAAAGACUUUUCAAUGAGGUAGAAUCGAAAUCCUCACCUCAUGGACAUUUGUAAACCAGUGUACUAUGUCUCUGUGUGUGUGUGUGUGUGUGUGUGUGUGUGUGUGUGUGAGAGAGAGAGAAAUUUUAAAAAAAUCGAGUCUUACUCAAUUUAGUUUCUAUCUGGAAGACAGGUGCCUUAAUUGCACAGUGAGGUAUUGGUGAGGAUUCUAGGCUUACUUGGCUGUAUUGUAGGAUCUUAAGCCUGAGAAAUAAACACAUCCCUGCCAUUGUUGUGCUUUCAAAAUUGAGAUAUAUUGACAGUAAAAUUCCUAUAGCA